UUAUGAUACAAGCAUCUUGCCGGUGUCCUUGAAGCUAAGUAUAGUCCCUACCGAAAAUUUCCAAAUCAAUUAAAACAUCGUUUGUUUAACGUUUCAGCUCAUAUCUAAUUCAAAUUUAGAAGGAUGAAGACGUCUAAGAAGGAAAACCGAUGUUUACAUUGUAAAAAAUCAAACUCCCAAUGCAAGAAAAAAAGAGCAGUCUUAAACCAGUUAUUAAACAAGGGAUACAAUGCGUCCCUUCUUCGAAAAACGAGGGAGGUGCCAAAUUCAUACGGCCUUUACCUCAUCAGAGCUAAUGAAGAUGACGAAGUUCUGUAUAUUGGUUUUUCCAACACGAGUGUUCGAAAAAGAUUAAUGGCCCAUACGACUGGAUACGACCGACAGAAGAUUGGGAAGUUCUUAAACGGCAAGGACUUAAAAGAUUAUUCAAUAUCUUGGGUGAUAGAAAGAAGAGCAGAAUGCCUAGAGGAAAAAUUUAUAGACUUUGUUACAACAGAGCAAGGGUUUCGUCCGAUCUUUAAUCUUAAAAGGGGAAGAUCGUGUGGGUCAAAGGAGGAAUAAAUACAUAUACAUUAUAAUCUUUUAGAGUAUUUGCAAUAUUUUACCUUAACUAAUUUAUAAAAU